CAAAACCAAAUAGUGGAAAUUAAAAAAAAGGGAGGGGGAGUUCGUGGAUCUAUUUGAAUCACUCGAAGUUAACAGAGCCAAAACCCUUUUUCUCCUACCUCCUCCUCCUACCUUGCCCCCCCAAAACAAAAACCCUUUCUCUUGGCGGCGGCUGCGCGGCCAAAUUCAAAACCCUAGAUUCCAUCUGAUUCCCUCUAGGGUUUUGGUCGCAUCCCCUGUUCCGACAAGGAUCUAAUCUGGUUCUCAUGGCUACCGUUGCUUCACCUGCUGAUCAAUCUGCUGAUCUCUUGCAGAAUCUCUCCUUGGACAACUCACAAGCUAAACCAGCUUCGGAGAUUCCUGAGCCAAACAAGAAGACUGCUGUUUACCAGUACGGAGGAGGAGUGGAUAUAAAUGGUCAAGUUCCUUCCUUUGACCGAUCUUUGACACCGUUGCUUCCCAGUGAUGCCGUCGACCCUUCAGUUUGUUAUGUUCCCAAUGCGUAUCAGCAGCCCUCCUAUUACUAUGGAUAUGGGACUGGUGACUGGAGCGAUUACAAUGGUUACCAAACUCCUGACGGUGUUGACAUGAAUUCUGGUUAUGGAUAUGCAGCGUAUCCUUACUCUCCAGCAACAAGCCCUGCUCCACAGGUUGGCGGAGAUGGGCAGCUGUAUGGAGCUCAGCAGCAGUACCAGUAUCCUGCCUUUUUUCCCUCUGGACCUUUUGCUACCCCUACCCAGGGAGAUCUCGCUGCAAACAAAGCUGGUGGUGUGAAGACGCUACCUGGGGAAAGCAAGAAUGUUGCAUCUGCUGCUGGUAUGGCUAAAGGAAGCAAUGGAUCCGCUGCAGGGAAACCAAACAACCAGACUGCAUUCAACACCUCGAGCAAUUUGUAUGGAAAUGGUUAUGCUGGUACUGGUUAUCAGGAUGCUAGGUUUAACUAUGAUGGAUAUUAUGGUACUGGUUAUUCGGAUGUUCAGAGAUCUGUUACUGGCAGUGGAGUUGCAUCCUCCUAUUCCAAGGCAACCAGUGUGCCUUCAUUGAGGAAUCAAAACUACCGCUCAAAUUCUAACUACACGGGUGUGCACCAGCCUUCGUCGAUGACAGGCUACGGUUCAACUCAAGGAUACUACAGUAGGAUGUAUCAAGGCAAGCUAUAUGGUAGCUCUGGGAGAUCUGGUAUGGGUUAUGGUUCUUCUGGGUAUGAUUCAAGAACAAACGGACGAGGAUGGGUGAGUGCAACAGACCACAAAUACAGAGGCUUUGGAAGGGGUUACAAUUACUACUAUGGAAAUGAGAACAACCUAGAUGGUCUUAAUGAACUUAACAGGGGACCUAGAGCUAAGGGCACAAAGAACCAGAAGGGAAAUUCAGAAGAUAGUUUAGAGGUUAAGGAGCAGACUAACGAGUCAAAUGUAGCCGAGGCUGUGGAGACGGAGAACACAUGCAUUGUUCCUGACAGAGAACAGUACAACAAAGAAGAUUUCUCAGUGGAUUAUGCGAAUGCUAUGUUCUUUAUCAUCAAGUCAUACAGUGAAGAUGAUGUGCACAAGAGCAUCAAGUAUAAUGUCUGGGCUAGCACACCGAAUGGAAACAAGAAGCUUGCUGCAGCAUACCAGGAAGCUCAGCAGAAACCUGGAGGCUGUCCUAUCUUUCUCUUUUUCUCGGUCAAUGCAAGUGGACAAUUUGUUGGGCUUGCUGAAAUGACAGGACCAGUUGAUUUCGAGACAAAUGUGGAGUACUGGCAGCAAGACAAGUGGACAGGCUCUUUCCCUCUCAAGUGGCAUAUUGUGAAGGAUGUUCCAAACAGUUUGCUGAAACACAUUACCCUUGAGAACAAUGAGAACAAGCCUGUCACCAACUCUAGAGACACCCAAGAGAUCAAGUUGGAGCAAGGUGUGAAGAUUAUGAAAAUUUUUAAAGAGCAUACGAGCAAGACUUGCAUUUUGGAUGACCUUUCCUUCUAUGAGGUUCGACAGAAGACUAUCUUGGAGAAGAAAGCCAAGCAUCAGCAAACCCAGAAACAGGUAAGCGAGGAGAAUAGUACAGAGGAUGAGAAAAAGAAAUCUGCAACUGCUGAGCCGGCUCACAAGGAAUCUCCUCCAGCUGCUCAAACUACCGGUGAUGUCAAGGUUGAUGAGAAUGGAUCUGUUUCUAAACCAGUUGAUGUGGUGGCAAAUGGUUGCUAGAUAGAGUAGUCAAUGCUGCUCACGGCUUGAGCAUAAACGCAACUAGAGAAGUUAUCUCUUGAGAACGAGUGCCGUGAAGCUUUGAAGCAAGGAGGAGCUUUAGUACCUAAGAAGACCGAGAACUGUUUCUUUACCCUUAGAAAUUAAAAUCAUAUUUUUUCUUAUCUUUUUUUUUUUGUUCUUGUUUCACCUGUCUUUACAAUUUUCUGUUUUUUUCGCUUUUUUUGUUUUCUGUUGAUGCUCCUACCUUGUAAAAUUGCUUAAUAUGACCUCUACUAAAUAGUGGGAAGUAGUGGAGAAAAAAAAGAAGGAGAUAAAAGCAGGGUGGGAUUUGUUUUCAUUUCUGUUUUCUGUUUUUGGCAGAUGAAAGUUUUUUCUUUCCUGUUUUUGGGUUCAGACUUGACCUAGUUUGUCACUGUCCAAAA